AUGGCAGACUCGAAACAAGCACCAGGCAAACCAAUCUUCACAAAGGUUAUGCAGCUCCGCCCAACGACCUCUGGUGUUACUCUGACCGUAAAGGUUGUUAGUACUAAGAUGAUAGUGCCGAAGGGACGUGCUGGUGGCCCUCGAAGCCAAAUGCAAGUUGUUGAAUGCUUGGUUGGCGAUGAAACGGCAAUGAUAAUCUUCAGGGCUAGAAACGAACAAGGUGAAUCAGAGAUCAUAACUUUGUCCGACAUGUUUAAAGGAUCAAUGAGGCUUGCUGUGGACAAAAGUGGCCGUGUUGAAGUUUCUGAGCCUGCUAGUUUUACUGUGAUGGAGGAUAACAACCUCUCGCUCAUUGAAUUUGAACGUCUCGAUUUCGCUAUGUGA